AUGGAAACAAGCCUCUACCCAAGCACCGUGGUCAACAAUCCGAGGGUCCCCAGCAUCUACACCCAGGGCACGAUGAUGAAGAAGGACAUCAACCUGAACCUGGACAGCCAAAACCCCGAGCUCAAAUCGAACCCGCUCCGAGACACAGACGGACUUCUGAACUCCCCGGACUUAGGACUCUUGAAACUAACCACCCCGGAUCUGGAGCGCCUUAUUAUCCAGUCGAACGGUCUGGUCUCCUCCUCCGGUGCCAACCCGACUUCCCAGUUCCUGUACCCGAAGUCGGCGAGUGACGAGCAGGAGUUCGCGGAAGGUUUCGUGAAGGCGUUGGAGGAUCUUCACAAGCAGAACCAGUUGAGUGAGGCGGGGUGCGUCUCCGUGGACAGACUGGAGCUACUCGGCUCAACCAACACUGUCGGGUCCUCUGGACUCCAGACAUCAGAACUCCCCGUGUACACUACGUUAAACGGGUAUGCUGCCAGCCCUCUCGGAGCCACUACCAUCAACUACGCCACGGACACCAUCCCUUUCCCACCGCCUCCGUCUCAUCUAGCCGGCGCGCAGCAACAGGCUGCGGCUGCGCUGUCACGACUCCAGGCUGCCGGCGCGGUGAAGGACGAGCCGCAGACCGUACCCGACAUGCAGAGCUUCGGGGACAGCCCCCCUCUGUCUCCCAUCGAUAUGGACAAUCAAGAGCGCAUCAAGGCGGAGAGGAAAAAACUGAGGAACAGGAUAGCUGCCUCCAAAUGCCGCAAAAGAAAACUGGAGCGGAUCUCUCGGCUGGAGGACAAGGUCAAGAGUCUGAAAACGCAGAACACCGAGCUGGCGUCUACGGCCAGCGUCCUCAGGGAACAAGUGGCCCAGCUGAAGCAGAAGGUGAUGAACCAUGUCAGCAGUGGGUGCCAGCUUUUACCAAACCAGGUCCAAGCUUACUAA